GUACGCAAGGUAAAAUAUGGUUCUUCAGGAGGGGCCCAUUGACGGGAGUUUGUUAACUUAUCAGCAAAGUCAUCGUUCCCAUUCUAUAUGGGCAAAUAAUGGAGAGCCUCCAGUUGAUUCGAAACAUCUUAAAGUACGACGAAUUGAAGGUAGACUGAAGAAGUUGGACCCCCCGUCGCCACCAGUUUUACAAUUGAUUAGGCAGGCUGGUUUUGGUGGUGUCAUAGAUAUACCGUUUAUCUCUCUUGACCUUGGUCUCAUGACAGCUUUACUAGAGCGUUGGCGGCCGGAGACCCACUCGUUCCACUUGCGCACGGGUGAGUGGACUGUAACUUUGCAGGAUGUGGAGGUUUUGCUCGGGCUACCUGUUGAUGGUGAACCUAUAAUCGGGACAACCAAUGAAGACUGGGGUCCAUUAUGUCAGCGGUUGUUGGGGAUAGAGCCGGUAAAUAAAGCAGAUAGAAAAGGUGGUAAGGUAAAGAUGAGCUGGUUACGGGAACAUUUUAAUGGGCAUUUGGCGGCAUGGUAUACGGAGGAAAAUGUUCAGCAACAGGCCCCGGGUUAUAUUCUUCUGUUGAUAGGUGGAGUGUUGAUGUCCGACCACUCAGGGUCCCAAGUCCACCUAGCUUACUUAACCCUCCUUGAAGACUUGACGAUUGUGCGGAGUUGGGGCAGUGCUUGCCUCUCAAAUCUUUACCACUAUCUGUGCCACGGUUGUAAGAGUGGUAAGGAUCGGACAAUGUGGGUGGGGCAUUCAUUCUCCUACAGCUAUGGGCUUGGGAGCGGUUUCCUUUUGUUGCUCCUAGACGCUUGGGUACGCGUCAGCGUCCACCAGGUUCUCCUCUUGGUGCACGGUAGGAUGAUCAUUUUCACUCACCGGAUUUGUCAACCCAUGUUGUUGGAUAUUAUAGACAUUAUUUUGACAUGCAAAGGCCGGAUGAGGUAUGUAUUUCAUAAAAAUUAUUAUUUGAAUACGAAAUCAACUAAUCUUUGCAUGAUAAUAUUGGUUUGGUCAUACUGUUUGUAUUUCAUUUGUGUAGGUGAUUUGGAGACCGUACAGUGACGAGUUAAUUGCUAGCC